ACGGGCGGUGCGGGAGCCCGGCGGUGAGGCGCGGGAUGUCCCCACCCGUGCCGGCGGCCGCGCCCUGACGCUUUCCCUCUCUCCCGCGCAGGUGGAUGCUCCGCAACUCCCGAGGCGAGUGAGGGGCCCCGGGCGCAGGCGGUGGAGCCGGGGCCGGAGGAGGGGGCUCCGGAGCCGGGCGCCCCUGAGCCCAGCGCGCUGCAGCGGAGGCCCGUGCCGUGGGAGAGCAGCGGAAGGACAGGAGCGUGGGGAUGAAUGCCGGCUCGCCCUUUGCCUCCCUUUCCCCCUUGCCCCUGCGCUGCUCCCGCAGGGCCGUGUCUCGGCGCUGCCGGCAGCAGUGGCGAGCUGGCCGGGAAGCAGGGCCAGGUGUCCCUCGGGGGUUCAGGGAGAGGCGCCCGAGUCCAGCUCCGGCAGCAGGAGAGAAUGAGGCGCAUGCCAGGAGCGAGCCUCUUCUUGGGUGAUGAACGUGGAUUAGAAAGGAUAUGUCCUUACUGCUUCCAGUUCCUGGUUCCUGACGGCUACCGAGUGCGCCUCAAACCAAAGAUGAAAGUGACUCCACAGAUAGAGAAGGUUCUUAAACGAGAGGCAAAGAAUCAUAAGCUUAACAUGAAACAGACGAAGCUUUUGAGAAAGUACAGGGAGUCAAGAAGCAUUCUGCUAGUUACUUGCAAAUCUUGCAACAAAACAACAAGAUACUAUGGUAAAAGCAGGGAUUUUCUGGCAGCCAAAACACAAAAUUGUGGCACUCCAGAUAUCAAAUCUAGCCUGAAGACACCCGGUGUAAAAAUUCAGUCUGCAAAGAAAAUGACACCUGUAAGCUGCAGUAGGUUGGGAUCUAAAGGGAACACUCCCUCAUCACUUUCCAGGACACGUGAAUCUGGACAGACAACAACCAACUCUGCUUCCAAGACUCCCCGAAAUUCCAAAUUUCACUUUUCUAAGCUAAAACGGAUGCUUGACCUAGAAGAAAGAGAGAAAAACCAGAAGGCAGAUUUCAAAACCUUCUUGACUUUACUUUAGUUAUAUAUUAUUUCAAAGUAAUAAAGAUUACAGCAAUAAA